AUGUCUUCGUCAACUAUCUUUCUACAUGACUUUCUUGUUCCUAAUGAUGGUUCUCAAGGCUCAUUUGAAUUAGCGAAUGUUCCUGGUCAACGAAUUAACUUUCGACGCGAACGAAGUCCAUCUCUUGAAGAUAAUGAAUCCAUAUUCAAAUCAGCACGUACCGACUACCAAUCAGAUUUGAUUUCUGAUCCUCCGAUUCCGCGUCGACGUGUUGCAAAGAAGACAACAAUAAGUAAAUCGAUUCCAUCAACUCCUAGCAAUAAAAAUUCUGGUAAUCAACAACAACAGCAACGUGCACGACGAGUUACAGCUGAUGAUAAUUUCGAUGAAAUGCCACACUAUGCAUCGUCGUCCACACGACAACGGUCACAAUCAAUAAUCACUGUGAACAAUAGUGAAGAAAUAGGUCUUAGUCGCAUACCUGAUCAACCAUUAUUACCAACAUUUAGUGAUAAAGUUCAACAUGAACUUCUCAUGGGUAAUCCUGAAUCAAUCAUGAAUGAAUUGAUACGUGAAGCAGCAGAUUUCUAUAUGAAUGUGUAUCCACAAUUGACUCAUGGAGUAGAAUACAAAAAGAUUGGUAUUGCUCUGAUUAAUGAAUAUCCUUGUCUCGCGUGUGAAGAUACAAUUAAUCCUCAUGGUCUAAUCACUUCACGCUUAUCAGCUCGAAUACGAAAUGUUCGUCGAAAAAUGCGUACAAGAGAACAAAAAUGUCAAAUGCGCGGAACAAUCUAUUAG